AUGCCUCUCGGGUCAUCGCUCGGGCCUAGGAACCGUGGUUUUCUAGGAGCAGACAGCUCUGCUCUGCCGACUCAGGAUCUGCAGGACCGCCAUCAACUUCGAUAUGAACUAGAUCUCAACUCGUGGAAUUUUCGCAUUUGGGGUGUCGCUGCCUCGGGCUUUUUGACUGACUCAUAUAAUCUCUUCUCAACAAAUGUCAUUCUCGCGUCCAUCGCAUUCGUCUAUUAUCCGCAUGGCCACGAAUGGCCUGGCCUCCUCAUUAAUCUCUUUACACUCCUCGGCUCCGUUAUUGGCCAGCUCACGUUUGGCUUUCUCGCAGAUUACUAUGGCCGCACGCGACUAUACGGAAUCGAGCUGGUGCUCGUCAUUGUCUCAACCAUUGGCGUUGCGACCAGCAGUCAUGGAUAUAACGACAUGUCCUUCUUAGGGCUAUUCAUUUGGUGGCGUUUUGUCAUGGGUGUUGGCAUCGGAGCCGAAUAUCCACUCAGCGCAGUCAUUACAUCUGAAUGGGCUAGUACACGAUCCAGAGGAACCAUGUUGUCAAGCGUAUUUCUUAUGCAACCCGUUGGCCAGGCCUUGGCGCAGCUUGUAGGACUGUGGGUGCUCCUUGGCUUCGAAGACAGCAAGAAGCUGAGGGACCUUCGCUGCGGCUUGGAUACUCUACACGAAGAAGAGUGCCGCAGAGCUGUCGACGGCAUUUGGCGCAUUGUCAUUGGGUCCGGUGCCAUUCCUGCUCUUCUUGCCAUCAUCUUCCGCUUCUUCCUCUUUGACUGUGGUCUAUACAGUCUCGAAGUCCGCAACAAGCCAGAGGUCGCCAUCAUAAAUACGCAACGAGUCUACGGUACUCCAGCCACUUCGGCUUUCCAUCCGCCAAAUAUGCAUCAUCAGAACUCGUUUCCGCUGCAGAAUACCAAUGGCAACUUGCAUCCAGAGCCCUCGCCUCGACCUAUGCCUGUGCAAUUUUCUCGCGAAGAUUUGCACAAUUACUUUAUCCGCGACAGAAACUGGGUCUACCUACUUGGCACCGCCGCAACGUGGUUUUUUCUGGACGUUAGUUUCUAUGGAUUAUCACUGGAUAAUAAGGGAACGCUAUCGGACAUGUGGGCGACGACACCGCCGGUCCCUAUCAACGAGAAUCUCGAAUGCUGGAAUUCGAGUUUGCCAGGUGGAACGUCCACCGUUCCUGCAUGGCGAACGGCGGGUCUACCCACGUGGCAAACUGACGCGACACAUCCUUGCAAUACUAUUUACGACGUCUUGAUUGAGCAAACCAAGCAGUAUCUUCUCACUGUGUCGCUGGCUUCGAUAGCAGGUAGCCUCUGCUUCAUUAUAUUCGCAAAUCGCAUACCCAGGCGCCAAUGGCUUACAGCAUCCUUCGUUAUUUUGGCCGUACUGUUCAUGGUUACCGGUGGCGUUUAUUACAGUGUCCACCGUGAUAGUGCGGCGGCGGCCACUGUGGUCUGUGUGGCCAUUUGUCACUUUCUGUUUAACUUUGGCGCCAAUACACUUACAUUCAUUAUUCCCGCCGAGAUUUUCCCUACGUGCUAUCGCUGCACUUGUCACGGCAUCUCGGCCGCCGCCGGCAAACUCGGCAGCAUCGUAGCCGUGCUCGUCGUGUUUGGCAUCAACAAGACGUACAAGAGCCACACGCGCCAGGGUCUCAUCUUCUUGCUCUUUGGCUCGGUCGCCUUGGUAGGGGCCUUCUUCGCGUGGGCCUACCUGCCCGACUCGCAGCGCUGGGUGGUCGAGCCUACAGGCGACGGCCGCGGGAAACGGGUCCUCGAGACCAAGGACCUGGAAACACUGGGCGAGGGCAGAGAAAGAGCCCGGCAAGCCGGAGAGUUGGUGACGUUUAAAGAACGCUGGAGUGAUUUGCGCAGUCGGCGACGCGCGCAAAGGCCGAGACCGGAGGCUUGA